UACCAGACAAUGUUUGACAAAAACGCAACAAAAUUGCGACUCGAACACGAAACCUCUAUCUGGAACCUAUGUAUAGCUUGAACAGAAACUUCUAUCUCGGAUUUUGUUGAAAAGGCAUUGCAAUCUUUUAAUAAGAAACUUUUCCAGAACACCUUCGUACACAGAGGCGACACGGGAUUCGUUGAAACUUUUGAAAUUGAACGCAUUUUUUCAGGUGUGAACACGGAAUUGCAAGAUCUGCUCAUCGUCCUUAGCCUUCUAGAAACCCUUUUAGAAAAAAUUGACCUCAUCGAUGAUGUCGGAGCUUUUCCAGUCCAUUGACUAAUUUGCCACAUAUUUUGAGAUAUCAGCCGUUAUUUAUAUAUAAAUUUCGACUGCAAUUCUCAGUAUGACAUGGUUCAAUGGCGCAAUUGAAGAAUAAAAGAGUGUUAGAGGAAAAUAUGAAUUUCGAUUCCUUCCCGCUGGACGAAAACGAUUCAGAAGAUAUGGUUCUGUAUGCAGUUCUGGAGGAAGCCCUGAAUAUCGGCUGGUCUCCGCAAGAGGGAGCCAGAAAUCACUCAAAGAUGGAAAACUUGGGGGAAAAUGGGGGGUUUGUGGUUAAAAAUGGGGGUUUUGGUGAGAAAAAGAAAAAGAUGGAUUCUGUUGGUGAAAGAAAACAUUACAGAGGCGUGCGCAGAAGGCCUUGGGGAAAAUUUGCUGCGGAAAUCAGAGAAUCGGCAUCGCGGCGAUGGCUGGGGACCUUUGAUACGGAGGAGGAAGCCGCCAUGGCUUAUGAUAAAGCUGCCCUGGUCAUGAGAGGCUCCCGAGCGCUCUUGAAUUUCCCGCUUGAUAUGGUUCUCAGCGCUAUAACACGAGACCCUAAGCCUCAUAAUUUGAGAAGGAAGAGGUUGAGGCGUACAGAGGCGCCGCAACGAGCAGAGCAGUUGCAGUACCAGUACCAACUACCGAGGGUUGAAAACAAGCAAAUGGAGAAAAAAUCUCAGUCAUCUCCAGAAUCUCAAUCAUCAACAGAAAGGGUGGAAUUUGAGAACGAGCUAAUGGAGAAAAAUUCUGAGUCAUCUCCAGAAUCUCAGUUAACUACAGAAUCUCAAUCAUCUCCGGAAAGAGUGGAAUUUGAGGACCUUGGUGCAGAAUUCUUGGAGGAACUGUUGAAUUCGUCGACAGAGAUUGACGACUGCUUUGGCUCCCUGUAUCAGUAUAGUUCCCAAAGCCUCUCAUGUGACUUACUGCUUAACUAGCCCGCCUUUGUGAUUAUCUGUUCUAUCUUGCCAUUUGAUGUUUAUGCUUACUUUGCAUGCCUCCAUUGUUUCGGUAUAAAGUCUGUACAAAGUGAGUUCGUAUUAAAGGUCCUUACUGUUUUUUUUUUGGUUUA